AUGGCUGUCAGAGCAACAAAUGAGCGCGCUGAGGUCGAUAAAGCCUUUCGUACGGCAGCUUCAGAGGGUCAUCUUGAUGUAGUUAAGUUUUUCGUUGGUAAAGGAGCACAGAUUGAGAAGCCUAAUGAACGUCUUGGUGCGACGGCUCUCCUUUUAGCAACAGCUGGCGGUCAUCUUGAUGUAGUUAAGUACCUCGUUGGUAUUGGAGCACAGAUUGACACGUGUGAUAUUACGUAUGGUGAUACACCACUUCACACUGCAUCAAGCCAGGGUUACCUCGAUGUAGUUCGGUACCUUGUCAGUCAAGGAGCACCGAUAGAGAAGGUUAAUGCAAAUGGUUGCACCCCACUUCUUAUUGCAGCAGGUGAGGGUCGUCUUGAUGUAGUUGAGUACCUCUUUAGUCAAGGAGCAAAUGGAGAGGCGACCAAUAUUCAUGGUACGACAGCACUUAUUGGUACAUCGGAGAAUGGUCACCUCGAUGUAGUUCAGUACCUCGUUGGUCAAGGAGCAGAGUUAGAGAGGGGCGAGGAGGAUGGUAUGAGACCUCUUCAUGUUGCAUCAAUCAAUGGUCAUCUUGGUUUAGUUCAGUACCUCGUUGGUCAAGGAGCAGAGGUCUGCAAGUGUUUCAGAGGCGUCCACCGCGAUGGCUUCAAUGAGUUUGAACGUCGUUACUGA